AUGGUGAUCAGCUUCAGUUGCUCGGCAAGUAGAAAAGCGACGUGGAUCUUGGCUUUGUUGUUCAUGAUGAGUCGAGUCCAUGGCCAGUCUACUAGGGGAUUCGUAAGCGUUGAUUGUGGACUGACAAACAGUAGCGCCUACAAUGAUGGUAUCACAAAUAUACGGUUUGAUUCUGACCGUGGAUAUGUCGCUGGCGGUUUGAGCCACACAAUUUUGGCAGAGUACAUGGUUGGUUCAGAUGAGCAACAAAAAACCCUGAGGAGCUUCCCUGACGGUUCACGAAAUUGCUAUACACUGCCAUCCACUUUUGGUAAGAAGUUCCUGUUGAGGGCCACAUUUACUUACGGCAACUACGAUGGGUUGAACAGGACUCUGGAUGGAUCGCCAUUUCUAUUUGGGCUCCAUAUUGGUGUCAAUUUCUGGGAUACGGUGAACUUGACAAAUUGGGAUCCAUCGCUCACAGUCUGGAAGGAGGUGCUCACCGUUGCUCCGGGCAACUCGGUGUCGGUCUGUCUGAUAAACUUCGGUUCAGGGACUCCGUUCAUGUCUGCUCUAGAGCUGAGGCCACUGCUAGAUGCGAUGUACCCUUUUGUGAAUACUUCCGUAUCAGUCGGCUACUUUAGACGAAUCAGAUUUGGUGAAGCCACUGAAUAUAUCACAAGGUAUCCAGUGGACCCUUACGACCGGUUCUGGGAGGGCUGGUCUUUCUCAUACAACACCUACCCCUGGAUCAACCUGAACACUAGCAGUCAAGUAGAGAUUCUCCCGGGCGACGACUACUUCAAUGUGCCGAUGGCCAUCUUCCAGAAGGCCACGACCCUAGACACGAACUACUCCUUCAUCGUGAUUAACGCGUCACUGGGUCCCAAUGUGGUUCCCGAGAGCGUCCGUCUUCUCCCGAUCUUCCACUUUGCUGAAAUCAAUGGUAACAACAUGCAGAGAAGCUUUGACAUCUACAACGCCGAUGAUGUACUACAUCGGGGCUUCUCCCCGUCGCGAUUGCAGGCCAGUAGUUUGUACAACAGUGGGCAGUUCUUGUAUAAUGGCGACGCAGUGUACACCCUGAACAAGGCGCGCGGCUCGAGCCUCCCCCCGCUCAUCAACGCGUUCGAGGUGUACUCACUCCUUCGGAUGGAAAACUUCACCACUGACUCCGAGGAUGGGAGAAUUAUGCAGAUCUCGGGGCCUGGUUCGUUUAGGUGCGAAGAUCUAAGUUGUGAUAUGUUUAAGUGCAAUUAUGAUAAACUAAUGGCUGAGAUCUGUUUAGUCAAUUACAUAAAACAAGUAAAAGCACACUACAAUUUGACAAGAAUAGACUGGAACGGAGAUCCAUGCUCCCCAAGAGAGUAUACCUGGGAAGGUUUGACUUGCGGCUACUCCAGUAGCAACAAGAAUCCGAGGAUUGUCCGAGUAAAUAUGUCUAGCAGCGGACUGGGAGGUGGAUUAGCCAUAUCACUUUUGAACAUGACAUCACUGGAAAAUUUUAAUUUGGCAAAUAACAAGCUCGAGGGACCAAUCCCCAGUUAUAUUCUUCGAAGAUUCCAGGCCGGUCUGCUAGACUUAAGACUAGAAGGCAAUCCCAUAUGCUCAAAAGUAAAAGAUAUGUACUGUUCAAAUAAGAAGAAGCACACCACACCUACCGUGCUCAUCGCAGUGAUAGUUCCAGUGGUAUUGGUAUCCCUCCUAGUAGUGAUGUGCAUACUCUGGAAAUUAUGCCAUAAAGGGAACUCGGGAGACUAUGAGGACUAUGCUACAUAUGAAGAGGAAACUCCCCUACACAUUGAUAUCAGACGGUUCACAUAUGCAGAGCUGAAGCUCAUGACUAAGGACUUCCAAUCAAUCAUUGGAAAAGGAGGUUUCGGUAUUGUUUACCAUGGCAUACUGGAAAAUGGUGAUGAAGUAGCUGUUAAGGUGCUUAUGGAGACAUCAAUAGCAAAGUCAACAGACUUCCUCCCCGAGCUCUAG